CUAAGAAGCGAAACCAUGAUGACCGCAUUGGAAAUGUGGGGUAACCUCGGCUCCUUCAUUGCCGCGCUGAUGUUCGCAUGGGCCAUGUUUAGGCAAUACUUCCCUCCCCAGCUCCGCAUGCACGUCGAGGCCUAUGCUCAAAAGGCCGUUGGCCACGUCUACCCGUACGUCCAGAUCAAAUUCCCGGAGUUCACAGGCGAGUGGCUCGAGCGGGGCGAGGCCUACACUGCAAUCCAGAACUACCUGACCAGAAGCGCCUCCGCCAGGGCCAAGCGGCUCAAGGCUGAGUCCGUCAAGGACAGCAUGUCGCUUGUCCUAAGCAUGGACGAGAACGAGGAAGUCAUCGACGAAUUUGAAGGGGUCAAGCUCUGGUGGUCGUCGAGCCUGAUCGUCUCCCAGAAGUCCCCAUUUUCCUGGUCCCCGUCAUCUGAAGACAGAAGGUUUUAUAGGCUGACCUUCCACAGGAGCCACCGGGACUUGAUCACCGGCUCUUACAUAAAGCACGUCCUGGAGAAGGGGAAGGUGGUGGCGGCCGACAACCGGCAGCGGAAGCUCUUCACCAACAACCCUAGCUCGAACUGGAGCUACCACAAGCCGAGCAAGUGGAGCCACGUGGCAUUCAAGCACCCCUCGACCUUUGACACCCUAGCGAUGGAGCCGAGCAAGAAGAGGGAGAUCAUGAACGACCUCCUCAAGUUCCAGCGAGGGAAGGAGUACUACGAGCGGAUCGGCAAGGCGUGGAAACGUGGCUACCUCCUCUAUGGCCCACCAGGGACCGGCAAGUCCACGAUGACUGCUGCGAUGGCCAACUUCCUCAACUACGACGUGUAUGAUGUUGAGCUGACGACAGUCAAGGACAACACGGAGCUGAGGAAGCUACUAAUUGACACGUCCGAAAAGGCGAUCAUAGUAAUUGAGGACAUUGACUGCUCGCUCGACCUGACUGGCCAGAGGAAGACAAAGAAGCAAGAGAAAGAUGACGACGGAGAGAAAGCGGAUCCUGUAAAGAGAAUGGCAAAAGGCGGGGAAGAGAGCAAGGACAGCAAGGUCACGCUCUCAGGGCUCCUGAACUUCAGCGAUGGGCUGUGGUCGGCGUGCGGCGGUGAGAGGAUCAUUGUGUUCACGACCAACUUUGUCGAGAAGCUCGACCCAGCCUUAAUCAGGAGAGGGAGGAUGGACAAGCAUAUCGAGAUGUUGUAUUGCUGCUUUGAGUCGUUCAAGGUGCUUGCAAGGAAUUACUUGGGCAUCGAGUCGCACCCGCUGUUCACAUCAGUGAGGCAGUUGCUGGAGGGUACGGAGAUGACUCCGGCAGACGUGGCGGAGAAUUUGAUGCCUAAGUCGGACGAUGAGGACGAGGAGGCUUGCUUGGAGGGAUUGAUCAAAGCGCUCGAAAAGGUGAAAGAGGAUGCCAGGAAGAAAUCAGAAGAAGAAAAAGCUGCUGCAGCGGAAGCAGAAGCAACUGCAGCUAGAGCAAUGGCUCAGGAAGAAGGGCAACAGACAUCGAGUGCAGGAGAGCAAGAAAAAGGUGGGAGAGGAUGUGCUGAAGAAGUGAAAGAGAAUGGCGUACUCUGACUAUUAUUUUAGCAACAAAUCCAAUAAAUCUUAAGUAUAGUCCUUGGUGUGUUGAUCUUUUAUGUGAAGAGAGUGUGCAGGUAUAAAUGGUUUGCAUUAUGGAAGAACCACAUGUAUAUAUGAUAUUAGGCAUUGCUAGCUAUAAAUGAACUAAAAAAUAGUAUAAGGUAUUUGAUGAUAAG